UAUUAUAUCAUAUAAUGUCAGUUUCUAAUGAUAGCAUAGUUAAGGAUUUGCUUAUACAUCAGCAAAUAUUCCUGCUUGCAAUGACUGAAGGCAAAAUAUCAAAAGUCAUAUUUUCAAUAUUAAUGUCUCUGUUCUUUAUCUAUUUGAAUGCUAUCAUGGUCUAUACUCUUUGGAGUAAGCCUGUUUUUAAAGUGACACCACGCUACAUUCUGUUUAACCACAUGCUUUUCAAUGACUCAAUACAUCUAAUUUUUUCCUCUUUGUUGUAUGUUUUAUUUCUGGCCUCUCUCAAGUUAGUCAUGGCUGCUUGUACUGUUUUAGUUUUUGUUUCAGGCACAACUUUCUAUAACGCACCUUUAAUCCUGGCUGUGAUGUCAGUAGAGCGUUAUGUGGCUAUAAACUUUCCUCUAAGACAUGCAGAAAUAACCACUCAGAAAAGAACUUAUAUUGCUAUUGGAAUUAUUUGGAAUAUAAGUAUGAUGCACUUUAUAAUUGACUUGCUUUAUGUAGUAUUGACUGAUCCUACAGUUUUUUCAUCGCAAAUAUUUUGCACUAGAGAAAAACUCUUCAUAAAGCAAUGGCAAGUAGAUCUUCGACAGGGCCUCAACAUAUUUUACUUUGUGUCAGUGUCUGUGAUCAUCCUUUUCACUUACAUUAGAAUUUUGAUCACAGCCAGGUCCAUUUCCUCCAAUAAAGACUCUGCUGCAAAAACUCACAAGACCGUGCUGCUGCACAUCAUUCAGCUGGGACUGUGCCUUACUUCCUUUCUUUAUAGCUCCAUAGAGCGAGCUGCAGCAACGAGCAGCACCAGCAGCAGCCUCUUUGCAGAUCUGCGUUAUCUAAACUAUUUGUUUGUGCUGAUCUUGCCACGCUGCUUAAGCCCACUCAUUUAUGGACUGAGGGAUGAUGCUGUAAGACCUUUAUUUAUCUACUACUUUUGCUGUGCAAGAGGCAAACGCAGGUCUACUGUCAAUGUACACUGAAUUUCAGAUGCUUACGGAUUCUUAAACCUGUUUAGUGUCAUAUAUACUGUUGUAUAAACUUAUGACAGAAAUAUAGUGUGAAUUGUUAUGAACAGUUACAUUACUACCUCAUUUAAAUACUCCAUUAAAUGAAAACAGUUAUCCGUGUGUUUUACUUCAAAGCCAAACAUGGGCUUGAAGACUUUAUUGCAAAUACUCUGAGACUAUGUACUGCUGAAAAGAUCAUACACAAUAAAAUAAACUGUAUAGAAUAGUAGUGUAAAAUGUUUAGUAGAGAAUACAGAAAAU